AUGCCUCCUCCAGUCCAGUUGGGCUUGACGACUAUCAGCAAGCCUACCAUAGGCAGAAACGGCUACCAAGGGUUCAACCCUCACUCUGAGGUCCUUCCCAAAGGCUGGAAUGGCCACAAAGCCCGCCCUUUGCCGUCCGACAUCCUUGUCGACCACGAUGUCGGCAUCAAAGUUCGUGACGGCUGCACCCUCUAUUGCGAUGUCUACCGGCCCCCGACUUCCUGCUCUAAUGAGAAAGUACCGGCAAUUAUAGCAUGGAGCCCAUUUGGGAAGAAACUCAGCGGCAUUACCGUGAUGAAGACGCUUCCCUGGGGAAUGGGCAUUCCACAGGGCACGACAAGCGGUCUUGAACGUUUUGAGGGUCCCGACCCGGCUGAGUAUGUCCCUCAGGGCUACGCUAUUGUCAAUGUUGACGCUCGUGGAGCUGGGGAUUCCGAAGGGUCCGUCGUUAUUAUGGGCACCCAGGAAGGGGAAGACGGGUAUGAUGUGAUUGAGGGAAUUGCAAAGCUUCCCUGGUGUUCCGGAAACAUUGGUCUCGCUGGUAACUCCCACCUCGGCAUUGUUCAGUGGUUCAUUGCCGCCUUGAGGCCGCCUUCUCUGAAGGCGAUUGCUCCCUGGGAAGCUGCAGGAGAUCUCUACCGAGAACAAUUCGCUAGAGGUGGUGUCUGGGACAGUGCUUUAUUCGACAGCAUCACUGAAAAUGUCAUUCAGGGGCAUGGUGGUCUCGAACAUUUCGCCGAAAUGUACCGACGCAGCCCCCUUCAAAAUGCCUAUUGGAAGGACAAGCGUGUGAACAUCAAGAACAUUAACAUACCAACCUAUAUUGUGGCGUCUUAUUCAACUUUUGUACACACAAUGGGCUCUAUACGUGGCUGGCUGGAUGUUGACACCAAGGACAAGUGGCUCAGAUGGGACCCCUAUCAGGAAUGGUUCGACUUGUGGACAGUCAAGGAAUCUCGGGAUGAGCUUGCAGCUUUCUUCGACAAAUUCCUCAAGGGCAAGGACAAUGGAUUUGAAAAGGUCCCUCGUGUUCGACUGGCUCUGCUCAGAUUCGGGGAUAAAGACCCUAUUUAUCCCAUCGUGGAGGAGGACUACCCGAUUCCGCGGACGAAGUACACCGACUUCUUCCUAAGCCCUGACAUGACACUUUCUCUGGAAGCGCCGAAGAAAACGCAAACCGUGUCGUACUUCUCGGAGAUCAGAAACAACAGCUUUGAGAAAGUCUCCUUUACAUACACAUUCUCCGAAAAAACGAGACUAGCAGGCAUGCCGAAGGCUGUUCUCUACAUGUCUACCAACGACUCGGAUGACAUGAAUAUCUACGUUCUCAUACGGAAACUGGAUCGCAACGGAAAGGCAUUGCUCAAUUUAAACAUCCCCUGGAGCCACGCACCGACCAAGUCGUUUGACGGGAUAGAUCCCAAGGAUCACCACAACCUCUUGUUCUAUUUUGGCCCGCUUGGCAUCCUCAGAGCGUCCCGUCGCCAUAUUGACCCAACUAUGAGCAUUCAUUCCCAGUACCCAUUCCAUACUCACGACCGGGAGGAGAAGCUCAGCAAGGGAGAGGUCAUCGAGCUUCAGAUCGGCUUGUGGGCCAUGGGUAUUGAAUAUGAGGCGGGAGAAAGUCUUAGUGUGGAAAUCCAAGGACAGUAUCCCCUCUUCAAGGAUUAUGCGGCUGCGGAGAAGCCUAAACCGAUUUCUGGAGAGGACAAUGUCGGAAACCAUAUUCUCCACAUUGGUGGGCAGUACCCAAGUCGUGUCAUCCUUCCUGUGAUUUGA